GAGAAGUCCGAGAGCGGGGGAGGACGGCCGAUAACGUCCAGUGAUUCUUUGGAGGACUGGUGAGAAGGUUCCGCUAGCUGCUAUCGAGUGGGAAUGGCCCACAAGACCCUUCAUCUCGCUCUGCUCUUCCUCGCUUCAGCUCUCCUUUCGCCCGUCUCCGCGAAUGACGUCGUCCAGGCUCCAGGUCCCUCGGAAGAUCCAGAGAAACCAACCGGCACAACUCCAACGGUUACCGACACAACUCCAACGGUUACCGACAGGACCCCAACCGCUAACGGCACGACCCCAACGACUGCCGGCACGACCCCAACGACUGCCGGCACGACACCAACGACUGCCGGCACGACACCAACGAAGGUCGCGGGAAACGCUAAUAUAGUGCAGUUGCCGAUCCGGGGAUUCCACAUCGUGAACAUCCCCUGGAGGAACGGCCUGGCCACGAUCGGGUCGCCGGAGUUCGACGGCCUCUGCGCCAAGAUCGACACCGGCAUGGCGGCGGCCCUGGCAGGCACGAGCGAGAGGGCCUUCUACCUGAGGACAGUCUGCCUGUCCAACCGAAAGGGAAACGAUGCCUGGCCGAUCGUCUCGGACUUCAACCUGGAAUUCGCCAGGGGCGUGAACCUGAGCGCGGUGAGAGACGAUAUGGACGGGAACACCGGGAUCCCCGAGGGGAUAUAUGUCGUGGGGGAUGUCAGGACCGACCUGCCUCCUUCGGGGAGGUUGAAGGCCAACGCGACCGAGCCGCCCGUGAUCGUGAAGGUGAUUUCGGGGAGGGAGGCGCGCCUCUUUGCCAACGUCACGGUGCCGUCGAUCGCCGCUCUGGCCCUGUUCCUCCUCGUGAUCCUGUGCUGCACCGCUCACCCGGAGAAGUACUGCUGCAAAGCCUUCGACAUGAAAUAAUCCCCGCCCCGCCCCGCCCCGCCCCAUCUCUUCUGUCUCUGGGUCCCUCGGGUCGCGUCGAGGCCGUGUGGGAACGCGAACGACACCGAACGACACGAAAAGGGCGACCCGAACGACUCACAGACUGAAGGAAAAAAUUCACUCUAAUUUAAUUCACUUUAAUUCACUCGAAACACACUCCCGUUGCUCAAGAUCCGUGUGGGAACGCCGCAAUAACUCAUAUUUAUGCAUCUUGAGACGUGGGAGUGUGCUCGCAUAAAAAUUCUGCAUGCC